AUGGCACAAAAUUCGGGAUUAACGAUCGUUUUCAUAGGCUCAUCUCAAAAAGAAGAACUGCUGGAAAGAAUCAAAUCGACAGCGGUACAGUGCGAAAGACAUAUUACCUACGAAGACACCUAUUAUUUAACUUAUAUUGUCGAUGGUUCAGAAGCUACUGUUGAACUGAUCGAUCCGGGUUUGGAACAUACAGGAGCGCGACAAAUGUCAAUUCGAAAGGCGCAUGGUGUAAUAUUGUUUUAUCAAGCCUCAUCACAGUCAUCGGUUAAUCAAUUAUGUGAUGUGGCGCUUGAUUUUCAAAUAAUAGAAAAUAAAAUUAAGGUAUAUCAGUACAAUGAGUCGGUAACAG